AUUUUUCAAACGGCAUUUUCAAAAAUUGUGAAAACUCGUCCUGUGAACGUGCAAAAGUCCUUUUCCUAUCGUUUUAAAGCGCAUUUUAUGUUAAAUUAAAAAAUAAAUUCAAUUUGUGUAGAAUCUAUUCCUCAAGAUUGUCUGGCACAAAUGUUCAGCAUGCUUAAACGGCCAACGGGAAAAGAAAAUCUUCAACAAAAAUCCACUGAUACCGCGAAGAAUGUUGGUGGCACCAGCACACACCACGCCAAAUCAAUGGCAGCACCAAUGAAAAAGCCAAUUAGCAGCAGCAGCACAAUUCAGAAAACAUUCGACAAACAAAUUCCAAGUAAAUUGCAAUCGAAUGCCGUCGAUAAAAUAAAACACACUGUCCCCAAUACCACACGGGUUAUUUCAUCAGCAAAGCCCACUAAUCCCACCACAAUCAUAAAGACUGAAAUAAAACCAACUAAUGCUACAAAAUCACAGACUGCUAGUGCACCUGCACCCACAAAAGUUGUCGAGGAACCUCUUUCUGCAGCAGAAAAACCAACCUCGUCAUUGUCAGACCCACCAAAUGGCGAUUGUCCAGGACAAAAGACUGAUGGAAAAAAAGUAUGGGCUCUCUCCAACUUUGACAUUGGCCGACCAUUAGGGCGCGGCAAAUUCGGUAAUGUUUAUUUGGCUCGUGAAAAAGAAUCCAAAUUUGUGGUUGCCCUAAAAGUUCUCUUCAAGAAGCAAAUCUACAAUAGCAAUGUUGAACAUCAAGUUCGUCGUGAAAUAGAAAUUCAAUCACAUCUCCGACAUCCACACAUCCUACGACUUUAUGGCUAUUUCCAUGACGAAGCUCGAAUCUAUUUGAUCUUGGAAUACGCUCCCAAAGGAACUCUAUACAAAGAACUUCAGAAUCAGCCUAAUAAGCGCUUUGACGAGAAGCAAAGUGCCACAUACAUCAAAUCCUUGGCAUCGGCUCUUCGUUAUCUUCAUGAACGCGAUGUCAUUCAUCGUGACAUCAAGCCGGAGAAUCUAUUGCUGGGCUACAAAGGUGAACUGAAAAUUGCUGAUUUUGGUUGGUCUGUGCAUGAGCCAAAUUCGAUGCGAACAACAUUGUGUGGAACUUUGGACUAUUUGCCGCCAGAGAUGGUUCAAGCUAAGCCCCAUACAAAAAAUGUUGAUCUCUGGAGUUUGGGUGUGCUGUGCUUUGAACUGUUGGUAGGCAGAGCACCCUUCCAUGCUACAGACUACGACGAGACUUAUAAGAAGAUAAUUAAGAUUGAUUACAAACUUCCUGAUCAUGUUUCGAAGGCGGCAGCUCAUUUUAUGUCAAAGCUGUUAGUUUUAAAUCCAGAGGCACGAUUGCCUUUGGAUCAGGUCAUGUCACAUCCUUGGAUUACUGCCAAUACCGUUUGAGAGGUCUUGAGGAUUUAUUUUUAUUUUUUUAUUAUUAUUUUUUGCUUUCGUUUAUUAUUUUAUUAUUUGUUUUAAGUUUAUUUUUCGACUUCAUGUUGGGAGUAGUAAACAUUGUUUAAUCACUUCACAAAAUGAGUAUCAGUUUUAUGUUUUGUUACAUUUUCCUCUUGUUUAACGAACGAAUGAACAAUAUGUUUUAUACAUUCUAAUUAAACUAACGAUGUUCUGGCUGUAAGUUAUGGUUGGAUUUUUAAAUAAAUAUAUUUCUUAGUGCAAAAAUUAA